AUGGGCAUUAUGUUGUGGUUAGUAAUGGCUGCUAUAAGUGCUCCUCAUUGGCAGAAAUUUCCUUUCGGAUACCUUGUUGUUUUCUUUAUCGCUCUUGUUAGUAAAAUGUUAGCAAGUAAUGUUGUACUUAAGAAAGCUAGUAUAAGUGAUUCAAUAUGGGCAAUUGUCCUUGGAUGUUGCCUUCGUAACUUUAUUUCAUUUAUUUCCUUUUUUAAAGCAAAAAGAACAUCCCAUCAUAGUACUGAUACUACAACUCUUCGUUUACCAUCUUGGCUUAAAAUUGCACAACAAACAGAACUUUAUAUUGCAACAAGUUUAGUGUUAUUAUGUAUUGAUAUCAAUGUCCUUCGUCCCUUGGCUCCUCGCGCUUUGUUUGUCAGCUGGAUUGAUACCCCUAUCUUAUUUAUGGUCGUUGCUUGCUUUGGUUGGACACUACUUAAGAUGGACCCUCAGAUAGCGAUUAUCCUUUCAGGUGCAACCUUUAUUUGUGGAUCCUCUGCUGCUAUCGCUUUAGGAUCUAGUAUGGGCGUCCCUCCCUAUAAGACUGCAAUGCCUAUCGCUAUCAUCUCUAUCUUUACUAUUCCUAGUAUUAUCGCUUUACCUUAUAUAGCAAAGGAAUUAAAAUUAUCACCAACUGUAAGUGGUGCUUGGUUUGGUGGCUGUGUGGACUCUACUGGAGCAGUUAUUGCCGCUGCUAGUAUCUAUGGUGAUAUUGAAGCGAUCAAUACAUCCGCCGUUGUGAAAAUGAUGCAAAAUAUCUUGAUCGGACCGCUUUCAGUUAUCAUGGCCUGGGCUUGGUCUAAAUAUGAAUUAAAUAGAGCACUUCGACGACAAGAGGAGGAAGAGCUCUUAAGAAGACAGAAUGAAGGAAAUGUGAACAAUAAUCAAGAGACAUCAACCGUAAAGGAAACCACCUAUGUUGCUACAACUGAUAAACAAAAACCUAAAAAGGAGAGUGCCUAUGUUUUGUUAUGGAAGCGUUUCCCUAAAUUCGUCAUAGGCUUCAUCGUGACAGCCGUUUUAUUUAAUACAACAAUUAGUGAUCCUAAUCAUCGAUCAUUAGUAAAUUCGUUUUGCUUUUAUGUCUCUGAAUGGUUUUCAACAUUAUCAUUUGUAAGUAUCGGAAUGGGCUUAGAAUUGAAUGAAAUGAAACAAAAUAUGCGUAGUCUUGGUAAAUUAGUCACUUUGUAUAUUAUUGCUCAAAUGGUUGAUAUCGUUAUUACAUGUCUAUUAGCAUGGACAGCAUUCACCUAUCUAUAA